AUGCCGGAAAGUGAACCUCAAUCUCCCUCUCAGAAAGCCCAAGCACGUCUCGCAGCCAUCCAAGAAUCCCUCUCGCACAAGCCCCAGCAAAUCUCCUUUCCUCUCUUCGAUGAUCUCCCUCCAGUUCCCGGCCAACCCCAAGGUUCUCUCUGGAAUUUCUUCUCCCACGCUUCGGGCGUAAAAGAUGAGCUCGGGACUCUCAAUCUUCUGACGCACCAAGUCGUCCUGCAAGCCUCCCAAGAGAUCCRCACAGGACAACAUGUCCAACUAGACUGGUCUCUGUCGGAGAACAUACAAUUCCCUGGAUUCGGAAGGAAACCUUUUCAGCAGAAAAUUCUGGAUUCGAAAGCUGCGACGAAAGGUGCUCAUAUUGGGCUAGAUGAUCAGUUGAAUUUCAACACGCAAGGUGGAAGUCAAUGGGACUCGCUUAAGCAUUUUGCUCAUCAGAAAUCGGGGCUGUACUACAACGGCGCCACACAUGAGGAAGCCCUGAAAACUCCAGUCAACGGCAUUCACAACUGGUGCGAGCGAGGCGGUAUCGUAGGGCGCGGAGUACUGGUAGACUGGUUGACUUGGUAUGAGAAUAAGCACGGGAAAGCUUCCUCUCCCAUCAGUCGACAUGAGAUUCCCGUCUCGGAGCUGGAUGAAUGUCUCAAGUCACAAGGCACAAUCACACAUCCUGGAGACAUUCUCAUUAUCCGCAGCGGCUUCACCAGAUGGCAUAACAACGCCAACGCCGAGGAGAGAAAGCGAGGCACUCGAGAAAACUCAACCACAAUCGGAUUGCAGAGCAAUGAGACGACAGUACGGUGGCUUUACGAUCAUCACUUCGCAGCGGUGGCGGGUGAUACAGUCGGAUUCGAGGCGUGGCCGCCACCAAUGGAGACGGGAUGGUGUUUGCAUGAGUGGCUACUGGUGCAAUGGGGCACGCCUAUCGGAGAGCUCUGGGAUCUGGAACAACUGAGCAAGAUCUGCGAGAAGGAACAGAGGUACUCAUUCUUCUUGACAUCUGCGCCACUCCAUGUCAAAGGUGGCGUCGGCAGUCCGCCCGGUGCCAUUGCCAUAUUCUAG